UCAACUGUCUACAUUUGAUGUGGUGCGGCAUGAUUCCGACACUGGUGCCUUGUUUUAUUAAUGACAUGCUGACACAAAGUUUUGUCGCGUCCAGUGUAGACAGGCUAGCUGUUGCAGUGAUUGUGUAGACAAUUUGUGGAGAAACAAACCUGUUUAAUAAUUACAAAGGCAGCUGAUGCAAGACUCUGCAAUCAUUUUUGACGUCAAAAGUUUGACUGCCACUUGCAAUGACUCAUUCAUACCAAACCGACAACAAAAAGCAAGCUGAACAGCCAAUCAAACCUCCCACAGACAGGCACCACAGCUGAAUCAUCAUGCUCGGUCAGUCAGCCAAGUUCCCACCCACAGACCUCGUGCAAAACUAGACUGAUUAGUCUCAGCAUAAGCUGCUGGCUUUUACUGAUGUCUAAAUGAUAGCUCGGAAUAUAUAAUUACAUUAUCUGGUUAUUACAUCAUCUAAUAUACAUUAUCUGAACAGUUCACAAACAAUUGUCAAUCUACAGCAUUAACAGGUUUUAUUUCGGUAAAACCUCAAAGUUCUUUAUCAAGAUCUAGAAACUGUUCACUCCCGCUGAGAUUAAUUUCAGAGCUUCUUAAGUGAAAAAAGAUCUACAUGACUCAGCAACAGGGCUUAAGGGUGGCUGUUGCAUAAGCUAACCUAGAUUGUAUAGCCUAGGAAUCACAUAAUCGGUGCCAGUAAUGUGUAAGAGCCUCGUGCCUCUAGAGGGCCUCGCUCCUGGUCUCCAUUUUGUGUCAUUUAUAUCUAAUUUUCAUUAGUGUUUUUCAACCCAUUUUGUCCUUCUAAAGACUAAAAUAGUCAUAGCUGGUAGACAGUAUUAGACUAUGUGUAUAAGAAUGAGUAAAGCUGUUUGUUGUUAGGAUGACAAUUUUUUUUUAAGUUUUAGGCUGUUUAGGCUCUCGUCAGUGUCAAAUGAUCGAGACGGCCAAUGGAUCUCAAAGAAUCAAAGGCAGUGGGUUUUACUGUCACUGUCACAACACAACAAGAGUUUGUGGAAAAGAUGUUAGUACUGUAUUAGAAAACUGUUUUACUAUAGAAGUGUUCAGCGACCGACAAUAAUAGACUAUCAAGUGGUGCAAACUACUCAACUUUUUAUGUUUCACUGUUUUUAAUAAAAAAACAAAAAAACAUUUUAGACUAUUAGACAUACGAAAAUUUUAUUCCUUUAACUAAAUUUUAAUCAUUUAAUUAUUGCAUUGCUUUUAUUAUACAUUUUAUGGAGUUUAUCUUACCAUUUUAUGAGCUUGUGCAAGACUGUGAUUUGUGCGUAAUCAUAUCAGUCACACACACAAACAAAAAAAUGCAGAGGGCCUUAGACGUCAACUUCACACUGGGCAUUCCACCCCCCUUAAGACAGCCCUGAUCUUCACUCUAAAUUUGUCAUUGCUUAACACCAUCGUAUCAGAGCCAUGUCAAUGCUUUGGAAAUGUAAAUUUUUUUUGCCAAUAAAGCAACUUAAACCUGAAUUUGUAAAUUGCUGAUCAUUUUUCAAAAAGGAGAAGAGAUCACAGAUAAGAGUGAUUAACUGAGUUCAACUGAGUGUUCAUGAUAUGCAAACACUCAGUUGAACUGAAUUAUAGUUACCAUGGUAUUUUUUAUCAUUAUCAUAUUUAAUCACUAAUAUGUAUAUUAUGAUUACUAGUGAUAGAACAUGUGAGUCAUGCAGAUGUUUUUGUAUUUGGUGUGCAUGUGGGAGUGCUUGGUUGGUCGCCAAUAGUGGUUAAACAUGAUUAAGCAAUGCUAAAUGGAUGCACGCCAGCAAACAACUUACAGUAUAACAGUAUACAUAUUCCAGAGAUUAUUACAAAGUGUGAUAUGUCGAAUAAGCAGUUCACUAAUCAACCCAUGCAAUGACACUGGUAUAGCGAAACAUAAGCCAAUGAAAAACAUGAAUUCUAUUAUCAAGCCCAAACUUGCUACUUCCUUUAUGUGCUUUUGAGCAUCACAAUUUGUGGACCUUCCUUACAAACUAUGAUGCUGCAUGAGGGGUGGAGCAAAAGUUUAUUUUGGGUUGCAUAAAUUCUCAUCUUUGGGAUAUUCAAGCUUUAUUGACCAAGGAUACACAAUGGAGUUCUACACAUCAGCUCUGUGUCUUGUCUUAUACAGUUUUGCCACAUCUUCUGCUAAGGAAAUUCUCCAUCAUGACAGAGGGACACACAGCAAUGCACGUUUCAAUGAACAGAUGGAAAGCAUCAGCAAGAAUCAUCUGCACUGGUGUGGAAAUGUGUCUUACAAGAUUUCAGGAAGUACCUGCUGUAAUGGUAAUAUAACUCCAGGAUUAAGCCAGCUGGUGGCUGACUGCUGUGGUUCUGUAGCUUACAACCCACUUAAUGAGAUCUGCUGUAAUGACAAUAUUCUGACUCGAAGCAGCACUUACGAAAAAUGCUGUGGCGAAGACCUGUACCUGACAACAACUCAUAUGUGUUGUGGUAGUAACAACAUAUUUAAACAGAAGGAAAAUCUUUCUUGUUGUGGCAAUACAACAUUUGACAAGACAACCCACUGCUGCUGUUUUAUAACUAGAAAUAAUGCACUAGAAGCAAUGCCUAAAAAUGAAACUUGCUGUCCGAAAGCAACAGAACGUCAGCAAGCCCCUCUUCCCAUCCACACUCUCCCCAAAUUAUCAGACUUGAAAUGUGGAUCAAAAACCUACAAUCCCCAUAAACAAAUGUGUUGCUCAGGGAAUCUGUAUAUGGCAUCACCACUUACAAAGUGCUGUGGUGAACACGUUUACACUCUGUCAGAUGACAGUGUGCUGUGCUGUAACGGAGUCCUUCAUCGCAAUGUGCCUGAGCAGUCAGAGUGUGUUGGAGGUGUAAUAUAUACUCCAGCAAACACUACUUGCCAAAUGUCGACCCGUCCACGUCUUGGGGAGCACUGCUGUGGAGGACAAACCUUCAAUCCUCGCACACAAAUUUGCUGUAAUGGACGCAGCCACAACAAGAUGAAUGGCAAUUUCUGUUGUGGUUCAGAAGUCUAUGACCACAACAACCAGUUCCUGAGAUGCUGCUCAGGUCAUCUCUACAACCUAACCCAGUCACGUGGAAAAGCAGAGUGCUGUGGAAACCUAUUGCUGCAAUAUAAUAACAAUCAAACUUGCUGUUCCUCCUCAACCAAUUCCAUAAUUUAUCAGACCAAACCAAAGCACCGUUGCUGUGGGCUUUACUACUACAACACGUCUCUGUGGAGCUGCUGUGCUGAACAUCUCAAACCAACACCAAAGCCUAACAGCUCUCCAGCAGAAUACAGAAUUAAACCACUAAUGGACCUGAUCCCUGAAAUGUGCAAUAAGACAGUGUUAUUUGGCAAAGUGGAGAGUGUGGCACUUGAAAAUGAUCUGCGUCAUGUGGUGUUGAAAGUUGUGUGGCAAGUCGAUAUGAAAUCUGAAAAUGUCAUCAAAGACCCUUGGCUUCAUGUGUCCCUGGAUCACUGCAACUCUCCUACCACAGACAAUGGCAUGACCUACCUUUGGGAGGAAAACCACAAUGGGAAGUACAAGCUUCUCUCUCACCCUGUUGACCUAACAUCUGACAUUUACAUGUUCUAUUCUGUAUGUUACCAAAAGAAGGGAUAGAAAUAUGGAUUGAGGUCUAUUUCCCAUCAUUUCAAAGCAUGCAGGUUGUCAUAAGAUUUCUGAUCAUUUCAAUCCAUCAUUAAUGAUAAAUUACAAAAGAGACAAGUCUCUGUUACUAUGCAUAGCAUUACUGCAUCACAUGUUGUACAUCUGUGCCUUUUACCUCAUUGGAUAUUGUUAUUUAAUCUCAAUAAUGGAUUGAUCCAGAUUGGAGUGAUGCAUUACUGUAUUUAUUCAGUGAGGUAACUUUAAGCUUUGUUAAUGUGAAAAAAAGGAAAUAGAAUCAAAAAAGAAAACAUUCUUCCAUUUUAAUUUUGAGUUAUUUCUUAUCUAAAUUGCUGGCAAUAUUUUAAGUUGCACUGCAUGAAUGUUUUUGUAAUCGUACUUUGUUUUAUCAAUCUCAGGUAUAUGGUAUAUAUCAAUCUCAACUAUUUGAUGGGUUCAGGGACCUUCAUGUACUAAGCUCAAAGGUGCUUCAAAAGCAAUUAAUGGCUUUUAUACUAAUCCUUGAGAAGACAGAGGUUAUUUCAUUUAUAUAGUCAGUCAGAAAUCACUGUGUUAAAAUGAAAUUUUAUCUGUCUCUCUAAUACUAAUAUCGGGAGUUUUAAACGUCUCCAAAUUUCAUACUGUUCAAUUUCUGUCUCAGCUGUAAACAACUGUGAAUACACUUUUCAUGUUAAAUGUUGUGUGGAGAUAAUUUACUCAUUCAAGCUGUGUAAAGGUAUUGCAGAUAUGGAUUUUUUUUUUAAAUAUAUAUAUAUAAAUAUAAAUAUAAAAAGCA